AGUCCAUAAGUUUCCAGUCGGAGGAGUUCGUUUUCAAGUUUCAAGUGCUGGCUUGGACCCAGCCCCUCGGCUGGAAAUUCCGCGGCCGAUGAUGAUGAUGAUGAUGAUGAUGUGCCAGUGAAAAGAUGGAAAGUGAAAGUAAAGUUGAUAAAAUAGCAUGGGACCUACUGCGGAGCAGAGCAGACUGACAGCAGCACCUCAGCACGGGAGCCGGUGUUGAGAAUGGGGGUGAUGUGGUCGGAUGAUUUGGUGCGGGUGAUGAUCCGGGCAGCAGAGUUUGAAUGAUUUGAAGCCUGUUGAAGAGUUCGGUGGGAAGGCCAGAGACAGAGGUCUGCAGCUCUCCACCUCAGCUUGAGUCUGGAUGAUCGCAGCGGCAGCAUGACGGCAUGGAAACACGCCCAUCUGUGUCUCUUUGUCCUGCUGGGCCUGAUCGACCUGUCAAAAGAAGGCUGUGAGGAUUAUUUCACCAUGGAACGGAUGAAAAAAUAUCUGAACCACACUGUGUACCUCAUAGAGACUGGUGAACUGAAGGACACAUUGGAGUGUACAGUGGAGAGAGAGUGCAUAGCCGGACACGAACCAUACUGUCUAUGGCUGGAUCACUGCUAUGACAGACAGAGGGAUGUGCCAAAAACUGAGACUGAAAAGUGUAAAGGGAACCCUUCUGUGGGAAUCAGUCACUAUCAGUUCGGGUGCUUGGUAUCACACUACACAUUAUCCGAGCCUGUUGAAGGCUGUAAAAACUAUGAGCGUGUCUGUGAGCUCCAUAAAGAGAGACAGCCCAUUCUUUCUGAGGAGACAAAACCAUCACAACGCCCACCACCACCACCAACAACAACAAAGGCAACACUGCCAGAAACAACAACAGCAGCACCAACAACACUGCCAGACACAACUAGAGCAACAACAACAGCAACAACAGCAGCAGCACCAACAACACUGCCAGACACAACUAGAGCAACAACAACAACUGCAACAACAACAGCAACAGCCUUGUCACCAACAGUCACACAGAGCGCAGUUAGCGGAAACAAUGCCAAUAAUUCAAAGAUUGUACAUGAAGCAGGGAAUGAUAAUACAAACACAGACCCCCUCAAGAUAUUCUUAGGGAUUUCUGUGAUCUUCAAUGUGAUCGCAGUGCUGGGUGGUUUGUACAUGCGCCACCGGUGGACGCAGGACAGGAAACAGUGGGGGAACAUGUUAGUCCUUGAGUCGAAGGGAUACUCAACAGAAGCUCCACUAGCGACAGAGCCGAGGUCAGAAACACCGCCGUCAUCUGCAAACAGGGAGGAAGAGAACAUCCACCUCAUGACGCCUCAGGACUGUCAGUCCAUCGUCACACAUUCUGCUAAUAGAGACAGUCAUUGCUGUGCUGCUGGGGAGGAAAAGCACCUUUAAGGACCCUGCUCACAACAUGGCUGCUGUACAUAUGUUUUUGAUGCAGCACAGCUGUGGGAUGUAAGUAUGUGGGUGCCAGAAGGACCAGCUCUACACUCCUUGUAAAAGGACUGAAGGGGUGAUUAAUGGCGGUUGCCAAAAACCCAGAGUGAGAGUGAACAAGCUGCAGCAUGCCAGUCCUCUCAGCUGCUCUUCAGUCUCUAAUCAAGAUGGAGUAUUGCCCCGGCAGCAAGUCAAAGGGAAAUGAAGUGCAACAGGAAUGUAUGGAGUCACACUGACUGAGCUACUUGUUGUGACUAACUCCUGAAGAAUUUGAGUCUCUCCUGUGACAAGUUUGUUUCUUUGCCAUGCUUGCUUUCACUGACUAAACAGAGACACAGAGGCAGUUCCAGCAGAGAGACUUUAAAUACAGGAGUUUGUCUUCCACGGACAACAAAGAGGGCAUUAGGGUAAAACACUUAAAUGAAAUAUUUAAUGUCAAACCCAAAUGGUCUAAUUAGUAUUAUGAAGCUGUCCUCCUCCAAAAGAGAUCUACACAGGUCUUUGUACAGCUUAUUAUAACUUAUAUUUAUAUUCAUUGUUAGGGCGACAACCUCCAGUGGCUGUAGUAAUAAUGACGGGAACAAAGGAUACCCUCGCCUGCUGGCGAGCCAUGUUAAAGUGCGAAAACAUACCGCCCACUCCACUGGUUAGCUAACGUUAGCCACCCAGGUUGGAUGGGAGCUAGCUAGCAGUGUCAUUCAUUUGGCUAUUACUGCAUGGUGGCACUCUCCAGUUCCCCCCACCGAGGUCGCCCCAGUUAAUAGACAGCUAUAUUAGCAACAUGAGCUGUGUUGACACUGCUAACAGUGCUAACAGCAGCUAACAAAGCUAAAGGGGGUUUGCAGCUUAAAAUUGAGCUGCUUACUCACUGGGGCGACCUCAGUUGAGACCAGAGGGUGGGCACAAUGUUUCCACAGCAAUGCUGUUAGCCUUAGCUGCUCUGCACUGCACACUACCUGGGUCUGGUGGGAGCUAGCUAGCAGUGCUGCUCAUUCACGAUUACCACUGGUAACGCUGUUCGAGUGGCCGGACAGCAUUGCUGCAGAAACAUGGUGGCCACCUUCCAAUUUCCCUCCAGGUAACUUCUGUUAGUAAGUGGUUUCAUUUUGAACUGCAAACUCUUAGCAUUGUUAGCUCCGUUAGCAGUGUUAGCAUGGCUAGAGGUACUUAUCAUUAUUCACAGCUCAUUAUUCACAGGUGCAACCAGAGGUGAGAAUGGAAGGCAGACAAAAUAUUUCCACAGUAACGAUUUUGGGAUGGGGCAGGAUUAGAAGCGAUAAUAGCUGAAUGAUGAGCGGCACUGCUAGGUAGCUUCCACCAGAUGUGGUUGGUAUGCAGUGCAGUAAACUGAAGAGUAGCAAAAUUAACCUAUAAACUGACAUGUGUAACCAGGCAAAAAUAUUCUUUGUGGUUAACGGAUUAACGGUUAAUUGUUAACAUCUCUAAUUGUGAUGCAAAUUUUUGCCUUGCGUUACUCGUCCAUACGGCCGCUGGAGUGUUUUCUGGAGUAUUUUGCAACUGGUGAAUAUUUACCCUCAACAACUUAGCUAACGGUUGUGCUAACUAACAGGGGAAGGCAGAUAAUGCUAACUUGCUAACUUGGUUCAUAGGAGAAAUCAAUUGAUGUGAACACAGCCAAAGAUCAACUUAAAUUAACGAUACUCCAGGCAUACUCCGCAAAACAGCUUUCACAAAUAUAUUCAGAACUUAUCAUGUAGACGUACGGCUUCAAAACAAGUUUGUCCUCUGUUUUUUAUUCUCUGUAAUGUCAGGAGAAUCUCUGCCAGAUCUCAAUGCUGAUAGGCUUUCGUGACUCAGCGUCACACAAAUUUCUCACACGCAGUUGUAUUUCAACAUGCGUUACGUCAUUCCUGUUUUGAGUGCACGUGCAAAUUUGUGCCUAUUCAUGUGUUGAAUUGAUUUUGUAUGUCAGGCAUGUCCAUUGUCUGGCCUUUGGCUUGACUUUCAGUUAUACUAUAUGCCACCACACCUUAUUGUUUGAUUAACCAGUAUUGGUUAAGUAAACAUUAUCACUUUGCAUUUUCUCUGUCAUCAAUCAAUAGCAGGACUAUGAUACAGUUAGUAGACAUGCAUCAAGUAGGAACUGGGUUGGAGGACUUGUCGGUAAAGUUUUCACAGCUGUGUACAGCUGUUUAGUUGCUUCAACACUCGUAAAAUGUGAUGCCUGUUAAACUACUGGAGUUAUGUGUUUGUUAUGACACAUGAUAAAACUAUGAUGUGACAAAGAGGCAACACUGGCAGCACCAACCAGGACAGGCAAGACCUGACCCCCCCCCCCCCCCACACACACACACACACACACACACACAACCUGACUGGCCCGUCUGUAUCUGACAGUAUAGAGGGAGUCUAUCAAUGUGAUAAUAAAAAGUGUGCACGUCAAGUAAACUGCAUGUGUUGUGAACAAAACAAACAUCUGAGGCUUCUUAAAAUUUUUAAAUACCUAAGUUUUAGUUUCAGUUUUUUACUCAGUCAUUUGCAGCUUUUUUGUAGCAAGUUGUUAAAUGUGGGUUAGAAAGAUGUUCAUUUCUGUAGCAGCUGUGACAAAGAUCAGCAGAUGAAGCUCUCCCAAAGUAGCUCUGGUAUAUUUUGGUAGCUCAGUUUGUUUUUUUCUGUUCUGCUAAAAUGCUCUUCUGCUAAAAGCCAAUUCCACAGCUUCAAAACCAGUUUUUCAUAAGCUAUGAAAACAUACAGAUGUGAAAAUGUAUUUAAAACAAUAUUUUAGCUGCAGAGGUUCUCCCCACGUCAAGCUACAUAUAUAGAAAUGCAAGAGUCUGUAUUUAAUAUUGUAAAUAGAGGAUUCAGAAAUGCAUGCAGUACAGUCUGCUGACAUGUUACAAACGGCUCUCAAACACAUGCAGUCUAAUAUGAAUUAUGUACGUAACAACAUGUUGUGCCUUCUAAGAGCAUUUCAGUGCCUAAUCAGUCAGUUAAUACCAUAAAAAUAACAUUUCAUAAUCACAACAUUAUUUCAUUUGUGUGAAGCCCAUCUCAUUAUAUUUGAAUAAUUUCAAACUUAGUCCUGCACUGCUUCUCUGCUGCUUUGUACAGCGUUUGUUCCAUCCAUGUUUGACUGCUCUGCGAGUCUGAUGCUUUGCUUGUAUAUAUUUUUUAUUUAUGGUGCUUUAAAAAGAGUAUUGUCACAAUAUGUGUGUGUGUAUGAUUGUGUUUUUAUACACGUAGCUAGGAAUAAUGUACCUGUACAAACUGCCUAGUGUUGAAUAAUAAUGUCCAGACUGAAGUGUGAGGAAGGUGAGGCUGAACUGCCCUGGAGGCAGAAUUAAUCUCAUUGGUUGAGAUGAAUCUCAGUGGGUGGAGCCUACAGGUAAUGAGUAACGUCACAAAUUACUGAUAUAAUUACUUUUUUUUCUGAUUUUUUUUUUUUUUUGUGGCCUUUUGCCUUUAUUUAAUCGGACAAAUAUAGCGCGUAAAGGGCAGAGAGGGGGGAUGAUGUGCUGAACCUGCAGCCGCUGUAGCAAGGACACAUCCCCCACAUAUGGGGCGCCCACUCCACUAGAUGAGCCAACUGGGGACCCAGAAUUACUUUAUUUAAAAGUCACUUACAUAAAAGUGUAAACAGACUUUUCAGCUUCUCCCUCUCUGGUGUUUCCAAGUGGUUUCAGUGUUAGCCCAUUCGCAAAGACAACCUUUUUCCCUCAGAGUUGAGCAAAUAAUCUGACUAAUAUCUGGCUUUCAAUUAAAAUAUCAACAGUCACCUUUAAGAAUGCCCAGAUUGGGACGCUUCGCAAUUCAUCAUUUUGUGCUCUUACUUUUGUUUAAGCAAAAGUGCAAUUUGCUUAGUGUACUUGCCAAAAACCCGCUUUUAAGCUUUAAAAAGCUUUUAUUUUUUAAGUUUUAAUAGUUUUUCAGGUGAGAAAGUAACAUUUAUGUAAAACGUUGAUUAGUAGCCUGGGCUAUUAUUUGCUUAAAUCACCUAAAUCAACAGGCCUAUAUUUGGGACAGGCCUUUAGUUCCUUUUAUGCAAAAACUGUCAGCAAAGAUCAGGAAAUACAAUCGAAUUGUUUAUUAACACCAGUGAAUAUUGCAUAAAAAUUUGGCACCAGAAAAUAUAUCAGCUAUGAAUCAUUUAUUUGGUCCAGCGCAUCCGAGAAAGAGAGACCUGGUGGUUACGGGACCUGGUGGACCGACACAACACUACUUUAUCCUAUUAAAACAACGGACUAAAGGAAUAGAAAUAUCUCACAGGUAAUCAAGGAAUGGACACAUUAUUUGAGGUAGCCAACAACCCAGUUUUAUACAACCAAAGUUCUAUAAAAAAAAAAAUGAACUGCUUAGCAACCAGACAAGGCCUCUGAUUGAGACAGGCCUUUAUUUGUCUAAAUGUGUAGCCGUACCAGGCUUGUAAAAGGGACUGGGCGUUUAAUUGGGACCAGGCUUUUAAUUUAAGUUUUACAGUAGAGUCUGGAUACGUGAGCAGACUAUCCAAAUAACGUCUAUUAGGAAAUUUGCGCUGAUGUUUUCAAAGCUGCUGGCUGUGUGAGACCAGCUGGUUGGCAUAAUGUUACAAAAGAAUAUCAACAUUGUUUUUAUCAAUACUCUCACCACCAGCAAAAAAAAAAAAAAAAAAGUUUGAAUUUUAAUAGAGAUGAUGGUGAUGCUGUAAAGCUAGUCACUAUAACUAAUGUAAAAGCAGGCUUUGCUAUUGCUAGUGAGGUGGCUAGCUGCGCCAAAGUCGUGUUAGUGUUUAGCAACAAGCUAACGUGAGCUACAGUGAGCUGUAUGGAGGCAGUAACAGUAGUGUGUAACGCUUCUACUUGAAACCACAGAUUUCUAUGGCAAAGAAAUUGGAAAAUUGAAAAAUUUAAUUAAAUUAGCACCCAGCAAUUGGGUUGUUAGCUCAGUCUGUGGACAGUGAGUGCCAUUAGCAUUCGUGUCAAGAGAUUUUGCUUUGGUUCCUUGUAGCGGAGACAUCUACAGAGACAAUCCAGAGCAAUUGAAAGAGUCCUUUUAUGUAACUUCAGGCCAUUUUUGCAUUUCUUUGUACAGAUGGCAGACGGAUGUGGUACCGUCAAAUCAUCUGAUCGCAGCAGUAUAGCUGCUGAAUGUUCCCAGAUUCAUUGUUUACAACGCCAAACUAGCGCAGCAAGCGUUAAACCUAAAGAACAACAACAACAAUGGGCAGGGCAGCAUAAGGUGAAUACGGGAAUGGCAAAAAAAACAACAACAACAACAAGAGGGGGAAAAUAUUGUCGCCCUAAUAUCAACCACAACAAACAAAACUGGAACUAAAUUUCACGUUGCUGGAUUUUCAACACGGCAUCUUCAAUGACGUCACGUACGUUAAACAAAUGUCAGAACGAAGCAACCAAAGUUGUCAUGGAAUAGACGAGCAAACUUAUUGCACAACGAUGUGGGCUUUCUAACACACUGUGACCUUUUGGUAACUGUGGAGAGCUACCAAUAGUUAAUACGAAAAAGCAAAGCGCAGUCCUCUUCCUGUUUUAGUCGCACAAUGGUUGGCACACAGUGACAACGAGGCUUAUAGGAAUGCAAUUUAAAUGCCAGUGAUGUCAUUGUUUUACAGCCAUUACACUGCGCAGUCAACAUGUACUUCAUAAUGACAAGUUAAAGUAAAGUUGUCCUGUUAUCUUCCUCUCUGAGCCUCCAUCCACUGAGGUUUACUUCCUCCCUUGUAGUUGUUCCAAGAGGCCAGCCCUGCUUAUCAGCAGUCAUGUUAUUGGUUUAUGUUUGGGAAAGGAAGACUGUAAAAUAUUUAUCAUGUUGGCACAUAUUUCAGUUAUAAAAUAAUGUGUGCUGCAUUAUGAUGUGAAUAAUAAACAGAACAUCUGAACUA